CACUGUGGAAGAUGGAUGGACUUAAAAGAAUCACUGAGACUGUUCUUUAAGACAACUAGCUCUCUGCCCCACCUCUUCCAUUGCUAGACUGGCCACACAGAGCCUGAUCCCCAAAGAGCAAGAAGGCUUUAUUUUAAAGGCAAGUGAGAUCUCUUCAAAGCAAACAGUUUAACACUUCCAAGAAACGGCUGAGAGAAAGAAGAGAUGAGCAGCAAUCCCUUGGCUGACACUCACACAGUUGCCGCGGACCUCCAUGGGCAGUGGGAGGACACAGAGGCCAACUGGCAUAAGGAAAAGAUGGAGCUACUGGACCAGUUUGACAAUGAAAGGAAAGAAUGGGAGAGUCAGUGGAAGCUCAUGCAAAAGAAGAUUGAAGAGCUUUGCCAGGAAGUAAAGCUGCGGAGGAAAUUGAACAUGAAUGAACAUUCUAAGGUCAUUGAUCUCUGCCAUGACCAAGAUAAAACAGAAUCACCUCCAAAUCACCUCAACUCAGUGCAAUGUGAAUUCAGAGUGCUGAAUCACCAAGAUGAUCCAGAAAAGGAAAAGAAAACAGAAAGGGGUUUCCUUGGGGAGAAAAGUCAAGCGUCUCAAGAACAAAAUAUACACAGAAAACCCAAAGUGGGGUUUCAGAAUCCUUUGGCCACAGACAGGAAGGCAUGUGAGACCUGGGCUGGUGAGAAGACUUCUAUGGAGAGUAAAGAUUGUUCUGUCGCCCUUAACACAGCUCUUGAAGAACUAGCAAAAGUUAGUGAAGAAUUGUGCACCUUUCAAGAGGAAAUCCGAAAUCGUUCUAACUACAGAAGGAUGAAAUCAGAUCCCAUUCUCCAGGAAAUGCCAAACAUAAUCCAUGUUCUUCCUGAGGACUGCUUGAUCAGCAAUGGCCAGGGCAUUAUUCCAACCAAUUUGGAGAAAGAAAUGAAGAAAAAGAAUCUGAGCUGUGCCAGAGGACUCCAAAACCAUUCCAGGAACAACUGUGGAAUUGAUAGAACUGGUUUACAAAGAGGUGAAGCUCCACCAGCUCCCCCUCCAAGAAGCACCUCUCGAAAUCUCCCCAGCUCAUAUUCUGAACAAGCCCAAGAAAGACUGAAAGAAAGUUUAUACCAUGCAUGGGUGGCCCAUGAGAGUCAAGACAAAACAAAUAGCAAUCCUCUUUUCCUCUUGAGGCAGUCCCCACUGUUUCCACAAGAAGGCAAGAGUUUGAAAGAUAGUCCCAUGUUUUCUUCCUCUUGGACACCAGAAGUCAAAAUAGAUAGAAAGAGUCCAGGUAACAAAGACAUUGGACUUAAUUUGUGGUCAUGUGACACUGUAUUAGGUACAAAAGAGAGCCCUUCCAGGCCAUCUCAAAAAACCAGUUUUACCUCCAGUGGAGCAAUAUUUGAAAGGGUGUUCCCAGAUAACCCUACGAAAUUGCAUUUUGAUCAGCAUGUGAAAAAUGACUUUCAUCCCUCAGUGACACAGAAGGUCCCAGUUAGAAGUUACAACUGCAAUCUGGAACCAACUCCAAGGAAUGAAAAACUGGCUGCAAAGAUUGAUGAGUUUAACAGAACUGUUUUCAGAACAGACAGAAGUUGUCACGCAGUUCAGCAAAGUGAAAUCUAUACAAAAUCAUCUGAUAAUCUUAAUACCUCUGAUAUCUCCACUGCUCACAGAGCUGACAUAUCAGAAGGUGACAGAGGGACCAGUGUUCUGAAAGCUAGUGAAGAUGUGCCUGUUCCCAUGGAAAAUGUGUUCAGUGAUCCCACAAAAAUAUACUCAGCAGGCCUGGUCAAACAAAUGCAGACAUGUGAGAGUCCCAGCAGCUAUCAGCUUACACUCCACGAGCACGAUUGGAGAUCCAACAAUUUUUUGAGCAGGCCAAGGUCAGCUGAUUCCAGAUCAAAUUAUGGUGUUGUGGAAAAGCUGCUGAAAACCUAUGAGACAGAGGCAAGGUCUGCACUGCAAAACUCAAAAUGCUUCAGGGAUAACUGGACCAAAUGUGGUUCUGAUGAAUCCAUAGCAGUGAAAGCCUCCAAUGGAAAAGGAUUUUCUCGACCUGCUAGACCAGCAAAUCGUCGGCUCCCAUCCAGAUGGGCGUCCAGAUCACCGUCUGCACCCCCAGCCUUGCGGAGGACUGCUGGCAGCUACAACGUCUCUCUGCAAACAGAAGCCUAGAUGCUCUAGAUCUCUAGCCUGGAUUGCUGGAUUACAAAAGUUCUCAUACCUUUUGCCAAACUGAAUAUUCAGGAUGUUUACAAAGGGUCCUUUUCUCUUUUAAGACCACUGGGACAGUGAUCUAAAUCCUAACUUUCCAUCAUCAGUCUUCAGUGUUUUUAAUCUAUAGGAUUAUUUUCUUAUGUACUUUAAUUUCUCUCAUUAGUUUUUUUAAUUGUCAUCCUCAUUGACUUUCCAAUAUGAUUUAAGUUGACACGGUGUACAAUAUUGUAUAUUCUACCUUUCCUUGCAAAUGCAAAAAACAAGGUUCUGUGCAUGGCAAUGUGUUUGUGAGUGCAUGUGUUGUCAUAGGAAGUAUUCUGGUAUGUCUUUAGGUAAAAAUUUAUGUGCUAGUGUUGACUAUGAAAUUAUAACAUGUAGACCUAUGUAUUCUUUGUGUUUAUUUUAAAGCUUUGAAAAUAUACAAUCCUAUGUAUAUUUUGCAUACCUUUUAACAGGUACCCACCUAAGGCAUCUGACGUUCGUGUAUCAUUCAAUGACUUCCUUGGCCACUAACUAUAUUGAAAAAUAAGAAUUAUACACAAACCUAACAUUAUCAAAUUUCCAGAAAUCAAUCUUAAAUAGCAUUUUAACCCAUAUGAAGAUAACUGAUACUAUUGAUUUUUUUGUUAAAUGGAAAUGUCACAGGUUUAGUAUAACAGCCUUCUAGAGCAAGCAUACGAUGCUCACACAUGCUUUUAUAUAUCAUCUGAUAGUCUGAUGUGGCUUUAACUGUGUACUUGUCUCUCAGAACCAGGAUCUUUAGACUGCCUUAAUAUGACAGGACAA